AUGGCUAGAAAGUUUUACCAGGAAAUGUAAUACUACUAAUUCCUUGCUACAAUUAGAUCUACUUAUUCUAGUAAUCAUAGCAAAUAAGGUCAUUAGAGAUUAGACUAGUACACUUCCAACUAAAGUUUAUAUUUGAAGGGGAAUUUUGAUCUUAAAUUUCAUAAUCCCUCGAAUCUGUACUUAAGACCGUUUUAUUUUGAUAUCCUAAAUUAAGAGUAGAGCCUCCGAUAAUUUGCAAAUAUAAAUCUGUGA